AUGCCCCAAUCUGGCCUGCCUGCCGCUUUCAGCUGGACGCUGCUGUUGCAUCUUGAGACAUUCCAUCAUCUUCAUGCCUGCCGUCACCAACACAGCCACAAGUUCUGCAGCACGGAAAUGGACGUUGAAGUUGAACCCGACAUGGGCCCCCGGACCGUGCUGAGGCGCCUGAAAUUUCCUGUUCCUGGUAUUGCUCUUUUCGGCGACUUCUGUACUCUUGUCCUACCUUUGCCCAACACUCUUCAGAUCUGCACUUGUUGGCGAGAAGAAGUUGACUCUUCUCUCCGCUGGUCGCACCUAGGAGCCCGGAGGACCGACCCUUCGUAG